AUGGCACCAUCUUCUCUCAGCUCUGCUGUUUUCCUUCUAUCUUUGUGCCUUCUCCUCUCCCACCUUCCAUUCUGCACUCUAGAGUCCCAAAGAGAGGAAGAGCUGAGUAUUAACCCCAAAGGGCUGGAGUCAUAUGAUAAUAUGUUGUCCAAUAAUGCCACUUCGAAGCGCUGUGGUGAGGUGGUGAAGUGUAAACCAGGUGUCCUCCUGCCUGUGUGGAGUCCUAACAACCCUGGACUCGGAGACAAGAUUGCCCGUGCUGUUGUCUAUUUCAUCUCUCUGAUGUACAUGUUCCUGGGUGUAUCUAUCAUUGCAGAUCGCUUUAUGGCAUCUAUUGAGGUUAUUACAUCACAGGAGAAAGAAGUUACCAUCACUAUGCCCAAUGGAGAGACAACGGUGGCUACAGUACGCAUCUGGAAUGAGACUGUGUCCAACUUAACACUAAUGGCGCUGGGAUCCUCCGCUCCUGAGAUCUUAUUGUCUGUCAUUGAAGUUUGUGGACACGGUUUUGAAUCGGGUGAACUGGGUCCUGGCACGAUCGUCGGCAGUGCCGCCUUCAACAUGUUUGUGAUCAUUGGUCUCUGUGUGUGGGUGAUCCCGAAAGGAGAGGUGAGGAAGAUCAAACAUCUGAGAGUCUUCUUCAUCACCGCCUUCUGGAGCAUCUUUGCAUACAUAUGGCUUUACCUUAUACUCGCCAUCAUCUCACCUGGAAUUGUCGAGAUUUGGGAGGCCCUGGUGACUCUGUGCCUGUUCCCAGUUUGUGUUAUUUUGGCCUGGAUUGCUGAUCGCCGUCUCCUCUUCUACAAGUACAUGUCUAAGCGUUAUCGUGCUGACAAAAGGACGGGGGUUGUCGUGGAGACAGAAGGCGAAAUGUCCCCUAAAGGAGCAGAUACGCUCAUGCGUGGGAAGUUUCCACCAAGUGCGUCAGCUGGAAUCAUUAUCCUGGAGCACUGCCAGGAUGGGCCUAAUAACAGUGCACGCACCAUGGCAACCCUGGUAAAGUCCAACAGCACCACCGUUAACAUGGAAAGCUCGAAAGAACUGGAUGAGAGCCGCAAAGAGGUUAUUCGUAUCCUGAAGGGCCUGAAGCAGAAGUACCCCAAAAAAGAUCUGGAUCAGCUAAUGGAGCUCGCAAACUAUUACGCCCUGCUGCACCAGCAAAAGAGCCGCGCUUUCUACCGCGUCCAGGCCACACGCAUGAUGAUAGGAGCAGGUAACGUGCUGAAGAAGCACGCGGCCGAUCACGCGCGCCGGACGGCCGCUAAAGAUGUUGAAGUGUCCGAGCACGAUAACGACGCUACAUGUAGCCGCAUCGCAUUUGAGAGCAGCCACAGUCAGUGCAUGGAGAACUGCGGCACGCUGACCUUAGUUGUGUUGUGCCAGGGAGGAACCGGCGAGAACACCUUUUAUGUGGACUAUAGCACGGAGGACGGCACGGCCAACGCCGGGUCGGAUUACGAAUACAGUGAGGGGACGUUGGUGUUUAAGCCAGGAGAGACCAGAAAAGAGAUAAAGGUAGGAAUAAUAGAUGACGAUAUCUUUGAGGAGGACGAGCACUUCUUCGUCCGUCUGCUAAACCUGCGAGUCGGUGACGCCGAGGGCAUGUUCGAAAGUGACGUCGUCGGACAGGCACCGAAGGGCCAGUUAGUGGAACCACUGGUCACCACUGUGACCAUUCUCGAUGACGACCACGCAGGCAUCUUCACGUUCAGCGAGCGCAUUAAGCGUGUGAAUGAGAGUGUGGGCACCAUGGAGGUGACGGUGGUGAGGAACUCGGGGGCCCGUGGGACUGUGAUCCUGCCCUACCACACAGAGCCGGGAACAGCCCAGGGAGGAGGAGUUGACUACGAAGACGCAUGCGGAGAGCUCGAGUUCACCAACGACCAGACCACGCAAACCAUUCAGAUUAGAAUCAUUGACGAUGAAGAAUAUGAGAAGCACGAGAACUUCUACAUUGUCCUGGAGGAACCACGGUGGAUGAAGAGAGGAAUCUCUGCUCUGCUGCUCAAUCAAGAGGACCAGGAAGGGCAGCUCAGCGCUGAGGAAGAGGAAGCGAAGAGAAUAGCUGAGAUGGGGAAGCCGAUUUUGGGUGAGCACAACAGACUGGAGGUGGUCAUCGAGGAGUCCUAUGAGUUUAAGAGCACAGUAGAUAAGCUGAUAAAGAAGACCAACCUGGCACUGGUGAUUGGGACCCAUUCCUGGAGGGAGCAGUUUGUGGACGCGGUGACAGUCAGUGCACGAAACGGAGAAGAUGAAGUAGAGGGACGCGAGCAUCCGCCUUCCUGCUCUGACUAUGUCAUGCACUUUCUGACAGUGUUCUGGAAGGUCGUGUUUGCAUGCGUCCCUCCCACUGAGUACUGGAACGGCUGGGCUUGCUUCAUAGUGUCCAUCAGUGUCAUUGGCAUUCUGACAGCCAUCAUUGGAGACCUGGCCUCGCACUUCGGCUGUACCGUGGGGCUCAAAGACACAGUCACGGCUGUGGUCUUUGUAGCUCUGGGGACCUCCAUUCCAGACACAUUUGCUAGUAAAGUGGCUGCUAUCCAGGACCAGUAUGCUGAUGCAUCCAUUGGCAACGUGACUGGCAGCAAUGCUGUCAACGUUUUCCUUGGCAUUGGCGUCGCAUGGUCGGUUGCUGCAGUCUAUUGGUCAAUAAAAGAUGACAGUUUCAGAGUGAAUCCUGGCUCACUGGCCUUCUCCGUCACCCUCUUCACUAUUUUUGCCUUCAUCUGCAUGUCCGUUUUGCUCUUCCGGAGACGACCGUCCAUCGGAGGUGAGCUAGGAGGUCCUUGGGUUCCACGCCUCCUUACUACAUUGCUGUUCUUGGGUCUGUGGCUUCUUUACAUUCUUUUCUCCAGCCUGGAGGCCUACUGCCACAUCAAGGGCUUCUAA